CCAUUGCUUUGCCAUCUUCUCUUCUCAACUCAUAACUGUGUCUCUCUUUCCACUGGAAUAUUUGGCUUGAUCCAAUGGCGAUUCAUCAUCUCCAUCAGGUUGUCACAGCUCUUCUCCUGCUUGCUUUGGUUUUUGCAAGGGUUGAGUUCUCGGCAUGCCAUGUCUUGAAAGGCUCUGUCACCUGCCUUGACUGCAACUCCCUCUCCGAUCUUUCUGACAUCAAGGUUCUAGUGAAGUGCAGCCAAGUGAAAAAGCUGGCUGUGGCAACCACAACAGAAGAUGGAGCCUUCGAGACCGAGCUUCCCUCGGACACUGCUACAGCAACUUCUCCUCCUCUCAAUUGCCAAACCAAAAUCCUCGGUGGUCCAACCCAGCUCUACGCCUCAAGAAAAAACAUGGUCUCCGAAACUGCGAAAGCCCACGACUCUGCAGAUUCCUACACCAUCUCCGCUCCUCUGAGUUUCUACACAUCGUGCCCCGUGUCAGGUCAGAAGGAGGACGCGAAGUGUGGGGCCCACAACGCGGACCUCGGCUCGUCCAAGACCGUCGACCUGCCUCUGCCGCGGGAGUGGGGCCUGGCCCCGUCGAGCUUCUAUGUUCCGUUUAUGCCCAUCAUCGGAAUACCUUAGUUAAUUAAGUACUGCAUGUUGUUGCUAAGUUUAGUGGCAUGUUGCGAUGGGGGUUUGUUAAGUAAGUAAGUAAGUUGUGUGCUGAGUGCCAGGAAGAGAAGAUGAUGUUUAGUCUUGCUCUUAUAUAUACUAUGUAUAUGGUUUUGUUUGUAGGUUUGUUGUGUGGAACUGGGUUAUUUUCCUUUAUAUAUAUAUAUGCUACGUCGUACCUUGGUUUGUUAUGGUAA